GAGGAAGUUGUGAUUUAGUUGGAUUUCCCUUUUAGAAUGAACACUCAAACACAGCAGUCAUCGUGAAUUGAUGGCAUGAUGAUGGCUCUUGUGUUUAUGAUUGUGCUUUUCACGGUGAGUUCUACACAAGGACAAGCGCAUGUAUUCACUGUCAUAGGCGCACGUUCUGAAACGGAGGAAUUUAACAUGACCAUUGUAGCAGACGGUAAUGAAUAUCUCCAUGUAUAUUUAAAAAACAAAGAAGACGUGGUAACGUUACCAGAAUGGGUAAAUGAUGUAGAUUGUCCUAUUUGCGUCAGAACUGCAGAGAGCCAAAGAGCAGAUCUUAGCAAUUACAUUAAAGUCUUCAGCCUUGAAACCCCAGAAGCUAAAGUUCCUCCUGAGAUCAAAUUGUAUGCCAAGGAAGAAGUGAAACUGGGAAUAAACAACUCUCUCGUCUGCUUCAUCAAUAAUUUCUUUCCUCCGCCUGUCCAAGUCAAAUGGACCAAGAAUGAUGAGAACGUCCCCAAGGGGGUUAAAGUGGGUCAAUAUGCAACCAACAGUGAUUACACUUUCUACCGUUUCUCCACUCUGACCUUUGAACCACAAGAGGGAGACAUCUACACCUGUAUUGUGGAUCACAUGGCCCUAGAUGAACCUUUAACCAGGACAUGGGAGUUCGAGGUGCCCCCCCAUCCCAGUGUUGGUCCUGCUGUUUUCUGUGGACUGGGUCUGACGCUGGGGCUGCUGGGAGUCGCUACCGGAAUAUUCUUCCUCGUCAAAGGAACCCAACGUCAAUGAUAAUACCCAGUAUACUCUCUAUGUCUCUGGGUGAUAAUACACAGUAUAAUCUCCUAUAUGCCUCUGGGUGAAAAUACACAGUAUAAUCUCCUAUAUGUCUGGGUGAUAAUACACAGUAUAAUCUCUGUUUCUGGGUGAUAAUACACAGUAUAAUCUCCUAUAUGUCUCUGGGUGAUAAUACACAGUAUAAUCUCUGUUUCUGGGUGAUAAUACACAGUAUAAUCUCCUAUAUGCCUCUGGGUGAAAAUACACAGUAUAAUCUCCUAUAUGUCUCUGGGUGAUAAUACACAGUAUAAUCUCUGUUUCUGGGUGAUAAUACACAAUAUAAUCUCCUAUAUGUCUCUGGGUGAUAAUACACAGUAUAAUCUCUGUUUCUGGGUGAUAAUAGACAGUAUAAUCUCCUAUAUGUCUCUGGGUGAUAAUACACAGUAUAAUCUCCUAUAUGCCUCUGGGUGAUAAUACACAGUAUAAUCUCCUAUAUGUCUCUGGGUGAUAAUACACAGUAUAAUCUCUGUUUCUGGGUGAUAAUACACAGUAUAAUAUCUAUGUUGCUGGGUGAUAAUAAACAGUAUAAUCUCCUAUAUGUCUCUGGGUGAUAAACAGUAUAAUCUCCUAUAUGUCUCUGGGUGAUAAUAAACAGUAUAAUCUCC